AUGCAAGAGACAGUUCUCAUCCUGGCCAAGGACGGUGGAUUACAACGAAUAAAGCAAGUGGUCGAGCGCAGUAUGGAUGGCAUGAGCUUAACCACGCGCCGGAAAAUGAUCAAAGAGCAAGCAAUACCACUGUGUCAAGUCAUCACCCAUCAACACGUACUCGCGUCCACCUUGCUCGAGGUCCACGUUGGAACAAUUUACAACUUCAUUUACGGCGUCCAAGGCCAGCGUGCCGUACAAUUCUUCAAGACCCUCAUUGCUACCAUCGCAGACUGUAGCCAAGUUGACAUUUUGCCCUCGGAAAUCGAAGCGGUCGUCAAGGCUUUCUCGAACAUCAUUGACUGCAAUACUCACGCCUUGGUGAAUGAUGACCUCAGGCUGCUUGCAGAUUCCCUGUUUGAUGUCGUGGCCAAACUCGACGAGGGUGAAGCUCACGAGUCAAGGAGAAUAGUGAACCGCAUCAAUCAACGACUAGGGAUCGGGCGAGAGCUGACAGGUUGGAAGCCGCCAAAGACAACAGCGUUCCCAAAGGCCACUUUCGCUCUGCAGCAAGACCUGCCCGGGGCUUUAUCCAAGGACGGGCCGCGGCAUGACAACGACUGCGUCAACGCUUGUUCGCGGAAAUUGACAUACGACAACGCCCGGGUUGUGAAAAUCGAUUUCAACAGAUGGCAGGGCCUGCUGAUCACCAUCGGCUUCGACCAGCCUUCUCAUCUUCGGCAACGCUCGGCCAAACACAGGAAGGAAUGGUGGGAAUUUCAGAAACGCCUCCGUGUAGGCUCCCUCCUUUGCCUUCUUUCCAAUGGGGCUUUGAUAUUCUGCUCGGUUAUUGAGCGCAAGCCAACCAAACCCUUAGCAAAACCCGACGACUCAUCCAGUUCAGACGACGAGAAGAUUCCAAAUCGACCUGAACAACCUCAGUACCUGUUCUCGGACCCUGUUCGAGCCUUCACUGCCGUCUCGUUGGUCAGCGACAGGACAGAGGCCGUCCUGGAUCUCAUGAAAGCCCCUAAUUCCGCUUCCGCCAAAAUAGUUGAGUUCCCUGGUGUUCUGCUGCCCUCCUUCGAGCCGACCUUGCGAGCUUUGCGAGCAAUGCUCCGAAAUCCCGAGAUGCCCUUCUCAGACUACCUGGCACCUGAGCCCCAAGCAGAUUUAUCGAAAAUUGCAGCCCCCUACUACGCCACCAGACCCGGGUUUGGUUUCGACCUCAGCUGCAUCAUGAAAGACAAGACUGUGAUGAAGAUUGCCGUCAAUGAUGAUUCCAACCACGAGGCGUUCCGUGAGAACUCCAUUCUUGGCAGAGCACAGGCCGAUGCGCUUCUCACAUCUCUCCAGCGCUCCCUCGCUCUGAUACAGGGACCCCCCGGGACGGGCAAGAGCUUCACUGGGGUGGCUCUCAUCAAGGUGCUGAUGGCAAUACAGGCACAGGCUAAGCUUGGUCCGGUGCUGUGCGUUUGCUACACUAACCACGCACUUGAUCAACUUUUAGAAGACCUGGUGCGACAUGGCAUCGGUCAGAUUGUCCGUAUUGGCUCCCAGUCGAAGUCCGAGACAUUGCAGAAUUGCAACCUCCGUAUUCUGGCCAGCAAUAUUGAUUUGACCAAAACCGAGAGACAUGAACACUGGGUGCUGAAGUUAAGGCUUGAUGAAGACGAAAGAAUUAUUUCCAGGGCCAUUAAGAGACUUUCGCUCGAAGGAGAUGUCGCCGCACUGAAAAGCUACCUCGAAAUCUAUUACCCCAAAUCCUACAAGACUCUUUUUGCUGGUGGAGAGGACGACGAUGGAUUUGAGAGGGUUGUGCGUCACAAGACAUACCUGUUAAAUGCAUGGCGUAAAGGUGGCUCACCUCAAGGUCCUGUCCGCCGACUAGAGAGUCUACUCCAGGUGCCCAACAUCGAGUCUUUGAAUCAUUUUGAGAGACAGCGGCUGUAUUGCCAUUGGUUGGCAGAAUCCAAAAAGACAGCCCAGGCCGAACUAUUGAACGCUCUGGCACAAUUACAAGGAACACAAGGAACGAUUCGAUCAAGUCUGGCGAGAACGUUGCCAAUUCUUCGAAAGCUCAAUUCCAAGGUCCUUGUCUGCGAAGAGGCUGGAGAAGUGCUUGAGGCGCAUAUUCGUACCGCUCUCCUGCCUUCUCUAGAGCACGCAAUCUUGAUCGGUGACCAUCUUCAACUUCCUCCCCAUAUCCAAAGCUACGAACUGUCGAGAGAAAGUUCUUUGGGAAAGCGACACUGUUUGGAUAUAUCCCUGUUCGAAAGACUGGUAACGCCUUCGUGCUCCACCCAGACUGCAGUGCCAUUUAGCACCCUGGAGACACAGCGACGAAUGCAUCCCUCGAUUUCCAAACUCAUCCGCAAUACGUUGUAUCCACGGUUGAGUGACUCUUCAGAGGUCGAAUCAUAUCCACCUGUGGCUGGACUAGCCAAGAGACUCUUCUGGCUCGACCAUGCACACCAUGAGGAUGGUGUGCUCUCUUACUCGGAUACGACAACUUUCCAUUCGAAUACCUUUGAAGUCCAGAUGGUCACUGCACUGGUGUCUCAUCUAGUCAGACAGGGUGUCUACCACACGAAUGAUCUAGCGGUCCUCACUCCCUACCUUGGCCAACUUCAGAAAAUCCACCGAGCCCUCCAAGGGUUGUUCGAGAUCUCCUUGACCGAAGGCGACAUGCUUGAAUUGGAAAGAGAAGAAAUUGGAAAGGACAAUAAUGAGGCGGGUCAUAGUGCCACACCUGCACUCCAGAAGACCCCUCUCUCGCGGGCACUCAAAGUGUCUACCAUUGACAACUUUCAAGGGGAAGAGGCCAAAGUCGUAAUCAUUUCAUUGGUGAGGAGCAACGACCAGAACAAGUGUGGCUUCCUUCGGACAUCAAACCGAGUCAACGUCCUUUUGUCCCGCGCCAAACAUGGAAUGUACAUCAUCGGGGACACGCGAACCUCUGGUCACGUCCCGGUGUGGGCUUCUGUGAUCGACAUGCUUCAAUCUGACGAUAAUUUCGGCGACUCGCUUCCACUUCGGUGUCCCCGCCAUCCACAAGCCACAUUCUCCGUUUCGAAACCGGACGACUUCGCCAUCUUCUCGCCUGAAGGAGGGUAUGGCCGCAUAUCAGUUCACCAACAACAAGCCGAAUUGGCCAAGUCGGUCAAAGAAGUCCAAUGUCAGGGGAACAAGAUGCACUUGGAGGAACACAUACUGUCUGGUGGACGCAAGGACCAAAUCAAGCUGAUAUUCAAGGUCGCGCAUGAUUCGCGAUACUCACCAAUUGCGAAGACACGCAAUCACAUCAUUAAACACCUUCGGCAGGUCAAUAUCGAGGAACAGCCUUUCAAGCGAGUUUGGGAUAUGGUGCAGUUCGCCCGAAAACAAGGGAAAACUAGCAGCGAUGUUGGAUUCGAUCCAGCCGUCAUACAAACCAGCCAGACUUUACAGGGCGAAUCACUGCUGUUGAGAUGCGAGCUUGUUAUAUUGUUGGACUUUUUGGCAGCGUUUGGAACCGGCCUGCGCGAUGUCAACCUCGAAGCCAACAGAGUCGACUGCUUGAAGCUGUUAGCGGCCGCCCGGGAAGCCCACCAACCGGCCGUGGAGGUUGAAGCUCACACAUUCUACGCGCAAUGCUGCCUGGCGGAACGGACCUACAGCAGACGAUCGGAAGACUUUGCAGGUCUAAGCACAGAAGCCACUGAGCAUAUUGGUGACGCCCAGCAAGUAUGCACUCAGCACCCGGGCUCGACCCGACAUGUAGUGGGUGAGGUGAAGACAGUUGAGGGAAUGUUAGAGUCCUCGACCUUUACGACAGUGGUGAAUGAUGAUGAGUGGAGGCUUGUGAUCAACGCUAUGGCGAGUGGUUUCCGUGGAUCAGGGCAUUGGUAUACCUGCGCCAACAACCACCCGUUCACUGUUGGGGAAUGCGGCAUGCCCAUGGAACAAGCGCGUUGUCCUCAAUGCGGCGCUCCGGUGGGCGGGCAAAACCAUACACCCGCUGAGGGAGUCCGACGUGCGACAGAGCUCGAGAACCGGUUUUCGGACUUGAGGCUCUAA